AUGCAGUCCAUCAUGGUUUCUGCACACGAAAGCAGCAGGGAGACCCCUGCAGCCAUUAGCCAUGUCUUUGACCGCAUAAGCAUGGACAAACCAAGUCGCCCCACGUACAGCACCGACAAACCGCUCAGCCAAAAACUGAGGCUAGGCAUCUGCGCAAUGGAAGAAAAAGCCCGCAGCAAAGCCAACCAAGAGAUAUUCACCCGCUUGGAGUCUACAGCCGGUAUUGAAGUAGUCAUAUUCGGAGACCAGGUCCUCCAGGACCAGCGCGUGGAGGCAUGGCCACCCUGCGAUGUGCUCAUCGCCUUCUAUUCCAAUGGCUUCCCGCUGGCCAAGGCAAUCGCGUACACCCAGCUCCGGCCCUGCGUCUCGCUGAACGAUCUGCAUAUGCAGCGCCUCCUGCUGGAUCGGCGGCUGUGCCACGCGGUCCUGGCUCAUCUCGGGGUGCGCACGCCCAAGAGACUCGAGGUCAGUCGGGACGGGGGCCCGAGGUUUGGACAGUGUGAUAGGUUGACUGGGCUUGGGCUACGGCUUGACGGUCAUGGUCCCGUGACUAAGCCUGUGAUAUCCUUGUCUGAGGAUGGCAAUACCCUGGUUGUUGAUGGGAGAGAGCUCCGGAAGCCCUUUGUCGAGAAGCCUGUUGACGCUGAGGACCACAAUAUCAAUAUCUACUACCCAGGCGGUGGUGGACGGAGGCUAUUCCGGAGGAUCGGAAACAAGGCUUCGGAGUACGACCCGUGCUUGACCGUGCCUAGGUGCAUCACCGAGGGAGACACCAGUUACGUCUACGAACCGCUAUUGACAGCCGAGGGUGGCCAGGAUGUCAAAGCUUACACCGUAGGGUUUUAUCCUGGGCCUUAUUUUUCGUUUGCGGUUACUCGCCCUUCGCCGGCUGUUGUUGGGGUGGUUCUCCGAGACGCAAAUGGUCGGGAACGGAGGGAUCCUACGGAGCUUACUGGUGAGGAGAGGGAGAUGGCGGCUAAGAUAUCGACUGGUUUUGGACAGGCGCUCUGUGGCUUUGAUAUUAUUCGCAUGGGCAGAAAGAGCUUUGUGAUUGAUGUCAAUGGCUGGACUUCGGUGAAGAAUCAGAGUGUAUUCUAUGAUGAGGCGGCCGGGGUUCUCAGGCAGAUGCUCUUGCAGACUUGA